AUGGCGCUUAGUAAACCAAUGGAAAUGAUGGCAGCGGCCACUGCAGCGGGUGUGGGUGGCUUCUUGUCGACAAGUAUCUUACACCCUCUCGAUACACUCAAGACGCGGAUCCAGUCGGGGGCUUCAUUGCUUCCAGACGACAACAACGCUACGUUGUCCACGAAGAAAAACAAACAAAUGGCGCUUAUUAAGUCGUUGUACCAGGGUAUUCAGUACAAAGCAGCGGAGUCUUCGACCUCCAAGUUUAUGUACUUUUACGCGUACACAAUGCUGGCUCACAUGGUGGCGCCUAAAGACGGAAAACCUAUUGGCACGCUCACAGACCUUGGUAUUGGCUACCUAAGCGAGCUGUGUCAUCUACCAAUCACGAUGCCCAUGGAGCUUGUGGGCACGAGGAUGCAGACGGGUAUUGAAUCUGGCAGUAUGCUGCAAAUUCUUCGCUCUCUUAUCAAGAAAAGCGGUGUCGGAGGACUGUACAAAGGAUUUGGGGCUUACUUUGUAUUGUGUCUGCAACCGGCGAUUCAGUACACGGUGUUUGAGCGACUCAAGAAUGUGUAUCUGCUCAAGUUUAAGCAAGCAUCGCAGGCACUUGGCGCGUUAGAGGUCUUUGUACUCGGGGCUAUCGCGCGAUCUAUCGCGACAAUUGUUCUGUUUCCAUACAUUCGUGCCAAGGUACUGAUGCAAGCUAGGACAAAACAGAGCAGUGUAGAGGACCAAAUGGAAAGACAAGAGACCUGCAUUAAGCCAAAGAAGGAGACCAUCUCAUCAACUUUGCAACGUGUAUACAUCCAGGAGGGCCCGCUUGCACUCUAUCGCGGCCUUGGCCCAGAGCUUGCGAGGGGUGCGCUCUCUUCCGCACUAAUGCUCAUGAUCAAGGAGAAGGUUCAAAUGUAUAUAACGGUGCUCAUGAUCAUCGCCACCUCAGUGUAG